AGGCGUGUCCAAAAGACUGUUACCCAAUGCCAAACAUUGAUAAGCUGGUUGAGGCAGCUUCUGGAAACGAGAGAUUAAGUCUCUUAGACGCAUACUCUGGCUACCACCAGGUUCCAAUGGCUCCUGAAGAUGAAGAAAAAACCUUGUUCUAUGCCGGUGAUGAAAUCUAUUGCUAUGUGAUGAUGCCCUUCGGCUUAAAGAACGUAGGUGUCACUUACCAGAAGAUGGUUACCAUCGUGUUCCGAGCUCAAAUAGGCCGGAAUCUGGAAGUUUAUGUUGAUGAUAUAGUGGUGAAGAGUUUGAAAGCUGAAGAUCAUUUAACCAACCUUGAAGAGACAUUCAACAAUCUCAGAAAGAACAGAAUGAGGUUGAAUCCAGCAAAAUGCAUCUUCGGUGUGGAGUUUGGAAAUUUUCUAGGCUUCAUGGUGUCCAAAAGGGGAAUUGAGGUUAACCCCGAGAAGAUCAAAGCAAUAGUUGAGAUGGAGCCACCGAAGUCAGUAAAAGAUGUGCAGAGGUUGACAGGGAGAGUGGCAGCUCUUCAUAGAUUCAUCUCAAAAUCAGUAGAUAAAUCAAAGUAGUCAAUACCGUACCGGCAUGCGUACCGGUUUUGUUACUGAAACGGUACGUACCGGAUACCAGAAUUUUUCGCGUACCGUUUCGGAUUUGUCGUUAUAAAAAAUUUUAUGAAAA